AUGUUCCGCACGCCGGGGGACUCACAGAGGCCGUCCUACCACGGGGACGACCAAGGUACCGAACCGGAGGGGACCGACCCCACAUCAGACCCCUCGACCCCCCUCACCAUCGGGAGCCUCAGAGACAUGCUGAAAGAAGCCAUGUCGAACAUUAAAUGCCAUGUGGCAGAGGAGAUCAGCAAACACCUGGCAGGCCUCAGAGCAGACGUGCAGGCACUUAACUCUCGCACCGACCAGACAGAGGUACGUCUCACAAAACUGACAGCUGCCUCCACCUCGCAGUCCCAAGAAAUCUCCUACCUCCACGGCCGACUGA